AUGCCCGUGCCCGACUGGCGCUCUGAAUACCUGGCCUCCAUCAGGGAGCAGGAGAAGAACAACCCCGUUAACCUCGAGAUCGUCCAACUCUGCUCCCACCUCUCCGACCGCGUCGCCGCCCUCGAGGCCGAAAAGGAAGUCCUCCGAUCCAAGACUGCCGCCGCCCGCCCCGAUAAACCCACAUCCGCCACCUCUGAGAAACCGAGCGUCCGCGACACGGCCCCGGCGGACCCCAGUACCGACGCGGCCGUCGCUCAGCUCCAGCUCCAGCUCGCCGAGGCCCUGCGGUCCAACGGCACCCUCAGGGACCGGGCGAAGGCGGCCGAGGACGAGGUGCAGGUGCUGCGCGCCAAGGGCAAAGAGGACGCCCGAAAGCUCAGGGGCCUGACGGCCGAGAACGCGGCUUUGACCACCAAGCUGCGGGACCGCGAACACGAGCUGCGCGAGAAGCGCAAGCUGGUAGAGAACGUACAGGACGAGAUGAUUACGAUGAACCUCCAAAUGACCAUGGCCGAGCAGGAGCGGGACAAGGUCAGGAAGGAGAACAAGGAGCUCGUCGACCGCUGGAUGAAGAGGAUGGCCCAGGAGGCUGAGGCCAUGAACCUCGCGAAUGAGCGUUGA